UGUUGAAGAGCUAGCUGGCCCGCUCUGAGCAGUGUUUGGGCCGCAUAUCAAUAUAUAUAUAUAGCUGUACGCCUCCGAUACGUACGCCUGGGUAACUAGCAAAAAUGCAAGAGGAGCCAGAGCUAAAGCACGAGCCGCUCGAUGUGGACAGCGAUCCGUUGCGUCUGCCGACAUCGCUGCUAAUUGAGGAUCCCCGAUAUCGCAUUCGGCCCAUGCAGCAGGUGAUAUCGGCUUUAGUUGGCGGACUGAUUACAACAUUUGUGGUGACGCCGCUUGAGGUGGUUAAGACGCGGGUGCAGACCCAGACGCAAAGCCAGUCGCGCAAGCGUCCGGUUGUCUCCAAGCUCUGCUAUGUCUUUCACAAUGGCCUCAUGACGCACGUGUGCAAGCCGAAUGCCACCGACUGCAUGGCCAAGAGUGCGGCGAUGGAUGCAGCCAAUAUGCGUCCACUGCGCGGCGCCAUGGAUGCUUUUCUCAAAAUCAUUUGCGGCAACGGCGUAUUUGGUCUUUGGUCGGGCCUGAGUCCCACGCUUGUCUCAGCGCUGCCAUCGACCAUUAUCUACUUUUUAACAUACGAGUAUCUGAAGCAUUCGUUUGCGAAUCUAUAUUACAUAUGGCAUCCGCGUCCAUCCAACAUUGCCGACAAUCGCGACAAGGAGAAGCUGGUCAAGACAGCAGCUGAGGGACGUCUAACUCUGCCGUCUGUGGUGCCUAUGGCAUCGGGCGUCUGUGCGCGCACGGUUGUUGUUACGGCCAUAACGCCGCUAGAGAUGAUUCGCAUUAAGAUGCAGUCGGGCUACAUAACGUAUACGGAACUGUGGAUUGUGCUGCGCUCGCUGAUCAAGUCGCAGGGAGUGCUGGGAUUGUGGCGUGGCUGGCCGCCCACUGUCAUGCGAGAUGCUCCCUUCUCGGGCACCUAUUGGGCUGCCUACGAGUCCAUGAAGCGUGCCUGCAAUGUGACGGAGCCAACGUUUUGGUUCAGCUUUGUGACGGGCGCAGCCUCCGGCGCGUUGGCCACCUUGGUGACAAUGCCCUUCGAUUUAAUUACCACACAUACGCAAAUUGAACUGGGACAGGAUGUGCUAUACUCCGAUUCAUCUGGAUCGGGCAAAGGCGGCACUGGUGGUUCCGCAACCACGGCUGCCACCGCAUCGGCUCCGGCCAAACAGUCGGUGUUUACACGCUUAAGCAUGAUAUAUCGCCAGCAGGGUAUACGGGGGCUCUAUGUUGGCGUUAUACCAAGGAUGCUACGAGUUGUGCCAGCCUGUGCCAUUAUGAUAUCGGCAUUUGAGUACAGUAAAUCGUUCUUCUUUCGCUAUAAUCUUGAUUUAAAGGAUACCGGUUACGGACGUGCUAAUUAAAGCGUCAAACAGAAAGUUCCAGAGUACAAGAUGAAACCCAGCGCAACCAUGCCGGAGGCCAAAUAUG